CCCGCAGUGGAAGCAUUUGUGGGCGGGGUACUGCUGGUGACGUCAGUAUUGGUACCGCCCACCUGCAGUGAGUCGGUGCCCGGGCUGGGGGAGCAGCACUGAGAGGCGCAGCCCUAGAGGCCCCUGCGGAGCGGAUCUAGUGUCGGCCUGGUGAGUGACCAACAGCCUUCUCUGGGGCCCUCUCUGUAUCAGCACUAUUGUCAGUCAAAAAAUGAAAUAAUCAUGACCCCAUUUGUCCUUGGCACCCUGGCAUCUAUGGGCACCACAGCAGCAGGCUCCUGUACAGGCUCAUCCUGCAACAAUGCCACCACUAGGGAUUAUUGCUACAGUGCUCGCAUCCGCAGCACCGUACUGCAGGGCCUGCCCUUCGGGGGGGUGCCAACUGUACUUGCACUGGACUUUAUGUGUUUCCUGGCACUACUCUUUGUUUUCUCCAUCCUGAGGAAAGUGGCGUGGGAUUAUGGGAGGCUGGCACUGGUUACAGACGCAGACAGACAGCGGCGUCAGAGAGUCCCUCAAGAGGAGCAGGAAUAUGUGGCCUCUGCAAUGCAUUCAGAUAGCCAUGACCGAUACGAGCGCCUCACCUCCGUCUCCAGUUCUGUGGACUUUGAACAGCGGGACAAUGGGUUUUGCUCCUGGCUCACCGCCAUCUUCAGAAUCAAGGAUGACGAGAUCCGGGACAAGUGUGGUGCCGACGCGGUUCAUUACUUGUCCUUCCAGCGCCACAUUAUUGGGCUCCUGGUGGUAGUUGGGGUCCUUUCUGUGGGCAUUGUGCUGCCCGUCAACUUCUCUGGAGACUUACUGGAAAACAAUGCCUACAGCUUUGGGAGGACCACCAUCGCAAACCUGGACUCCAGGAAUAAUCUGCUGUGGUUACACACAACAUUCGCUUUCCUGUACCUUCUCCUCACGGUGUUCAGCAUGAGGCGGCACACGUCUAAGAUGCGCUACAAAGAGGAUGAUCUUGUGAAACGAACCUUAUUUAUAAACGGCAUAUCCAAGUACGCUGAGUCUGAUAAAAUCAAGAAGCACUUUGAUGAGGUCUAUAACAACUGCACCGUUCUGGAGGCCCGACUCUGCUAUAAUGUGGCCAGACUCAUGUUCCUGGAUGCAGAAAGGAAGAAAGCAGAGAGGGGACGAUUAUACUUCAAAAAUCUGAAGGAGAAAGAGAAUCUGACUUCCAUGAUCAACCCCAAACCCUGCGGACACUUGUGCUGCUGCGUCAUCAAGGGCUGUGAGAAGGUGGAGGCCAUAGAGUAUUACACGCGGCUAGAGCAGCGCUUGAAGGACGAUUACAAGAAGGAGAAGAUGAAAGUGAAUGAGAAACCACUGGGCAUGGCGUUUGUCACCUUCCAUAACGAGGCAGUUACCGCCAUGAUCCUUAAAGACUUUAAUGCAUGCAAGUGCCACGGCUGCAACUGCCGAGGGGAACCCAAGUACUCAUCUUACAGUGAGUCCUUACAUGUGCGAGAUUGGGCUGUGAGCUAUGCACCAGAUCCACAGAACAUCUACUGGGAACACCUCUCUAUCCGUGGCUUUGCCUGGUGGAUUCGUUGUUUGGUUAUCAAUGUCAUCCUAUUUCUCCUGCUAUUCUUCCUCACCACUCCAGCCAUCAUCAUCACUACUAUGGACAAGUUCAAUGUUACUAAACCAGUGGAGUACCUCAAUAAUCCCAUCGUCACCCAGUUCUUUCCCACCCUGUUACUCUGGGCCUUCUCUUCACUGCUCCCCACCAUCGUCUAUUACUCUGCAUUUUUUGAAGCUCAUUGGACCAGGUCAGGAGAGAACAGGACGACCAUGCACAAGUGCUAUACCUUCCUCAUCUUCAUGGUCCUACUGCUGCCUUCCCUGGGGCUGAGCAGCUUGGACCUGUUUUUUCGCUGGCUGUUUGACAAGAAGUUCUUACUGGAGGCAGCAAUUAGAUUUGAGUGUGUGUUCCUUCCAGAUAAUGGAGCCUUCUUUGUUAACUAUGUCAUUGCCUCCGCAUUCAUUGGAAAUGCCAUGGAUCUGCUGCGAAUUCCGGGUCUGCUCAUGUACAUGAUCCGCUUGUGUUUGGCAAGAUCUGCUGCUGAGCGCAAGAAUGUGAAGAGGCACCAGGCCUACGAGUUUCAAUUUGGCGCUGCCUAUGCCUGGAUGAUGUGCAUCUUCACUGUAGUAAUGACCUACAGCAUCACUUGCCCCAUUAUUGUUCCCUUUGGGCUCAUGUACAUGCUGUUGAAGCAUCUAGUUGACCGAUACAACCUUUAUUAUGCUUACCUGCCUGCCAAGCUGGACAAGAAAAUACACUCGGCGGCUGUGAGCCAGGUGGUGGCAGCGCCCAUCCUUUGCCUGUCCUGGCUGCUCUUUUUCUCAACUGUGAGAACUGGGUUCACGGCUCCAACAUCCAUGUUCACGUUUGUGGUUCUGAUUAUCACCAUUGCGAUAUGCCUGUGCCACGUCUGCUUCGGACACUUCAAAUACCUGAGUGCUCACAACUACAGGAUUGAUGGCACUGAGGUGACUGCUGUGGAUGGCACUCAGAAUGGCCGGCCAGCAUCCAGUGCUUCAUCUCAGAAGUCUACAAAGUACAUUGCCCAGGUCCUGCAAGACUCGUCAGCUGACAGCGAGCCGGCCGCAGACAGUGAGGAUACAGAGGAGCCGGGGUCACAGGACGAGGAGAUGAUAAACGCUGACAAUACUCAGGAUGCCGAGUUCCAGUCCUGUGAGGAUAGUCUCAUUGAGAACGAGAUCCACCAGUGACCCAAAGCAGAGGUGGAGGGGGUUAGAACAAGACUGGCAUUUCACAUACUACAAACAUGCUGACGCCAUUGCCAUGAACUUGAGGGCGCUGCCUGCUGGAUUUCCGGGAGUGCUCUGUGGCAAUAACGCAUCUGUUCCACAGCCUGUGCGCGGACGACUGGAUCUCACACAGCUGCUGCUCUUUGUACAGUGUACAGACUGGGAGUGUCCCCCCUGCUGCCUGCAAGUCUCCAUGUUGUGUGUUAGGAGACUCCCUACCCCCCCACUGCCCACUCUCUACCUGUAACUGCUGUUUCAGAUCCUUUUAUCUGAAGGCAGAAUCAGCUUAGUGUGAACAAAUUUACAUUGUACAUGUGCAAGAGCAAGGCUGGCACUACACAUCUACCAAUGUGAAAUGGGCAUUUGGCACUGCAGUGUGUGUUUGUGUAGCCAAAAUGCAAUACAAAAGGAUACUACUCUAAUGUGUGCAAGUAUGGUGCGAUUGGUAUAUGAGAUGGAGAACACUAAUCAUGCGUGAGUGGAACGCUGGCAGUGCACCGUGUGUGUGUGUGUGUGUGUUGAACAGUUCAUAUAUGACUGUGGAGUCGCUGUACCUUUGUGCAAGGCUGGGUAAUGUGGCAUCUGCUAAUUUGCCAGUUUAUGCCACCACUACACUUCAGGAGGGUGGGGGUGCUGCAUUAGAUAUGGUUUGAGAGGGAUUGGUACCAACCCUACUUUAAUCUGAAGAUCUGAAACAAUAGGAUCUGUUAUAUAAUGGGUGGCGUUGAGACUGGAAUAAAACUGUGUGUCGGAUGCUAGGAUUUUGGUUGGGAGGGGAUUAGUGCUGCCUGUGUGUGUGUGUCAGGGUAAGUGAUGUGAAGGAGACUGGCACUGCCAGUGUGGGUGUUGAGAGUAGGGCAUGUCAGACAGGGAAGCUGGCAUUGCUGGCGGCGGUAUAUGUGUGAGUCGGGGGCACUUCCAGUGUGGGUGUGUGUCUGGGAGUCCAGGGGAAAGUGUGUGUCUGGCACUGCCGGUGUGGGUAGUGAGGAAGGCUGGCACUGCUAGUGUGGCGAGAUAUAGUAUAUGUGUGUGUUUGGGGAGUAAGGCACACGAGGAAGGCUGGCACUACCUUGGUUCAUUAGUGAUGUUCUUUAUAAAUAAGCUGUUUGUGUGUUACUUGUGGUUCUCACAGCAUUGUGUUUCCUUGUCCGCUCUUUGUCCUGCUUUGGAACAUGCCAAUUAUGGACUGCGCUGGCCUUUACCCAGGAACAGGGCAAACACUAGGACUGCUUGUAAAACAGAAAAUCCCUGCUUCCUAACGCUCUGUUCCCGCCACCCUGAGACAUUCCAGCUCUGAAAUGUCGAUGGGAUUUUAGUUUAGGCCUCUUAUUGGCACCCUGAGAUAACCCCAAGCAUUGUCAUCACCCUCUGAGCAUUAAAUGGCAGCUCCAUCACUGCCAUUCCUGUAGAAUAUUUGCAGAAAUGUGUCACCAAUUGCUGAUGCGGACCGUACAUAAAGAGGAACCUUACUAAGAA